AUGGCACGAGAAAGCAAUGCCCCGACCGAUCCGGUCACCCCAGGGAAACCGAGAGACCAGACGAACCGUCCUCGACAACACCAGCCAGAAUUCGGCGUACCAUCACCUCUGGGUCGCUCUGCGUACCCUCAGAAUCACGGCACCAGCAACCCUUUCAAUAUCCCUAAACAGAAUCGCCCAAGACCUGAGCAUCACAGAUCGCAGCAACAGCAACAUCCACAGCAACAACAACAGCAAUAUCCACGACAUCACAAUCCGCUCCAGCAAAACGCGACUCGACCCAACUUUCCUCCGCUUGUUGCGUCAACGCCGAAGCGAAGCGAGCCAUUCGACCCCUUCAAGCCUGUCCGACCCUCUGCCUACAACAAUAACCGAAUGUCUCAACCUGUUGACAAUGACGUGUUUGAGAUCCGCCGCCCUGAGAACGUCACGUUCAAUACUCCCAAAGCUCCAAAGACUUUUUACGCCUCGAAAUCUCCCCUGAAACAGGCAAAUGCCUCCAAGAACCUGCAGAAUUUCGUCGACCUAACGACCCCCGCGGGGGGUGGAUUCUCGACCGGUGCAGUGCCGCGCUUUGGAGCGUCGGGAGCAAGUGACUGGGUGGAUACGGCAAAAGCGAAUGAGAAUAUUAAGGCGCUACUAGAAGGAGCACUCGAGGACGAAGAUGAAAAGCAACCAAAGCCGAAGGGCAAGAAAAAGAAUAAGAAGAACAACAAGGCAAAGAAGAAAGAUAGCCAGAGUGAGCCCAAGGCAAAAGAAGAGAGUUUGGAUAUGGACGAUCUAGCUGCUCAGCUACAGGGAGUGAGUGUGAAUGAACCCAAAGCUGCCGACAACGACAACGAUGCAGAUGAGGCGCAAGGAAACGAAGCCAUCGCAAAGAAGAGUACACCCGAAGUUGGAGACCAGGGCGAAAAUGAUGAGAAGGACGCUAGCGAUGCUGGAUCGGAAACUGGGGAAGAAGACGAAGAAGACGAGGACGAUGAUGGCACUGUUGAGGGGCUAAAUGUUCAGCUUCUUCCCCAUCAGCGAGAGGGGCUCAAUUGGAUGUGCGAGAAAGAGAUCGGCUCGCAAAAGACCAUGAAAGAGGGGAAGGGUGUGCUUCCAAAGGGUGGAAUCCUGGCCGAUGACAUGGGUCUUGGAAAAACAGUCCAGGCCAUCGCUCUCAUGCUCACAAACCAGAAGCCGAAAGAUGGCACCAGACGGCGACCUGCAUUGUUUGAUUAUGAUCAAGAGUCUGAUGACAGCGAUGAAGAAAGUGCUGAGUCGCGUAACCUCCCGAAAGGGUUGAGCAAAUCCACUCUGGUCAUUGCCCCUCUUGCGUUAAUCAAACAGUGGGAAUCCGAGAUCAAAUCCAAGGUGGAACCGUCUCGAAGACUCCGAGUACUCGUUUACCAUGGGAAUACCAGAGCAAAAUCAACUGACCGUCUGGAUGACUACGAUGUGGUGAUCACUACCUAUGGAACCCUGACUUCUGAGCAUACCGCUGCCACGAAAAAUGAUAAGAAGGCGGGCGUUUUCUCCGUCCACUGGUACCGCCUCAUUCUUGACGAAGCCCACACUAUAAAGAAUCGCAACGCAAAGGCAACGCAGGCCGCAUAUUCACUAGAUGCUGAGUAUCGCUGGUGCCUGUCCGGCACACCCAUGCAAAACAAUCUUGACGAGCUGCAGAGCCUGAUUAGGUUCUUGCGAAUCAAGCCGUACAACGAUCUCGCAAACUGGAAGGAUCAAAUCACAAGACCCCUAGCGAAUGGGCGUGGUGGUCUUGCAAUUGAGCGGUUACAGGUUGUCCUAAAAGCCUUCAUGAAGCGUCGAACCAAAGACGUGCUGAAACUGAACGCAAAUCUCAAGCCCGGGGAAGGGAAAUCUGACGGGGGAAAGAAAAACCCUGGUUUCCAAAUAACCAAGCGUGAGGUCAUUAAGGUGGCGCCCGAUUUCAUGCCCGGCGAGAGAAAUUUCUACCAGCGAUUGGAACAGCGCACAGAAAACAGUCUCGAAAAGAUGAUGGACGGUUCUAAAAUGGACUACGCUGGGGCGUUAGUUUUGCUCCUGCGGCUUCGGCAAUGUUGUAACCACCCAGAUCUAGUCAAAAGCGACCUGGCGAAAGACAAAGAUAUUCUCUUGCAGACAGGUGCCUCCAAUAGCCAGGUGCCCGCAAAACAGAAUAAUGAUUUGGAUGCUAUGGCGGACUUGUUUGGUGGCCUCAGUGUCGUAUCGAAAAAAUGCGACAUCUGUCAGAUGGAACUGAGCCAAGCUGAAUCAACCGGUGGUGGCAGCAGAUGCAGUGCAUGCGAGAAGGAUUUCAAUACGCCUUUGGUGGCACAUGGAGCCAAGAAGAAGAAGGAAUCCAAAAAUAUCGUUGACCUUACUGCAUCUCCAUCAAAGCGCCCCUCGGGGGAUCGCAUGGGGCGUGUCGGCAGGAAUAGAAAAGUUGUCAUGGAUAGUGAUGACGAAGAAGAAGCGGAUGGCGAAUGGCUAGUUCCUGAGGACCAGCGCGCAGGGCUCUCCAUGGGCAAGGCCGGAGGAUCCGACGACGAAGACGCAGAGGGAGGCGGCGAAUGGAUUGGAGACGAAGAUUCUGAAACGGAUGGCGAACCUGAAAGCCCUAGUCAGCGGCGCCGUCCCCAGGCAUCUCAUGUUAAUGAGGACUCUGAGGAAGAUAUCUACUUGAACCCCGGGGAUGAUGAGAACCAGGAGCUCCCAUCGACCAAGGUCCGCGAGCUGAUGAAGAUUCUCCGCCGCGAGGCGCCCGACUUUAAGUUUAUUGUUUUCUCUGUCUUCACGUCCAUGCUUGACAAGGUCGAGCCAUUUUUAAAUCGCGCUGGGAUUGGCUAUGCACGAUACGAUGGGAGCAUGCGCAAUGACCUCCGCGAAGCGAGUCUUGAAAAACUGCGGAACAACCGGGCGACCCGAGUGUUGCUCUGUAGUUUGCGGGCUGGUGCGCUGGGGCUGAACCUUACUGCAGCAAGUCGCGUGGUCAUCCUGGAACCAUUCUGGAACCCUUUCGUCGAAGAACAGGCGAUCGAUCGCGUCCACCGACUCAAUCAGACCGUGGACGUGAAAAUUUACAAGAUGAUUGUUAAAGAUACAGUCGAAGAGCGCAUUCUCGAUCUACAAGAGCGCAAGCGGGAAUUGGCCAACCUCACAAUCGAGGGUAAGACGGCGGCGGCCAAGCUUACGAUGAACGACAUGAUGGCGCUUUUUGGUAAGGAUGCUGAAUCGCGAUACACGGGCGGCCAAAGCAGUCUUGAAUUCUCGCCGCAAAAGGGAGGUUUACUUAAUUCGAAGUAUGAGUCGGCGAGCCAAGAACGGUCUGAGACCACUACUAGCGGGCGCGACGACUCUCGUGAUCGCAAGGGCAGACAAGAGAGUCGAGCGCCUUCAACGGAGCACGCGGUGUAUGGGAGACGCUGGUAG